UUCACUAUUUAAACAGCUGCACUUCAACUGCAAUAGGCGGUUAGGGGUUAACCUGUGGAAUUUGAAAAUACUUUGCUCUAAUUGUGGAUCGCAUUCACAUUUUCUCCCGCUGUGCUAGGACCUUUAAAGUGCUCCUUUUGGAAACUUUUCUUAGAUCAGUCUGGCAGAUCUGUAAGAGGCUAAAAAUCUUUGCAAGUUGCAAUGUACAAAAUAUCUCUUUUGGUCCUCCUGAGUAUUGCACAUUUUCUAAAUAGUGCAACCGAAGUAAGCUAUGAAUCAAGCAAAGAAGAAAUGCCAGGUGCCCACUUUCAUUAUUCCAGUGAGGAAAUCCGUGUGCUCUCUCAAGGUGUUCUAAAGCUUGGAGCUGGGUUAAAAGAGCAGGUUGACUAUACCAAAGAGCAAAUUACCUCUUUCUUUCGACAGCUCAAGAUUUUUAACGACUCUUUGUUAGAAUUAUUGGAGCAGGUCAGCCUAAAUAAGAGGCUGGAAAAUGGUCUUAUGGAGAAAACACAACAACUUGAAAUUAGGAACCAAGUUCUAUGCAGGCUCUCUGCAGAGCUCCAGAAUCAACUCGCUGAAGUGAUGCGCUACAAAAUGACUUUCAACACCAGGCUGGAGUUUUUAGAGAAGGAGAUAGCGAAUGCCCUAAAUUACAGGACUAAUGCCAGUAUCUCAGUGAAUAUGACUGAUAUUAUGUCUUUUGUGCAAGCUCAAAGCAUAAGAAUUGAUGAGUUGCUUACUGAAGUGGAGCUCCAGCAAGACCAAAUGAGUAUACAAGAUUCACUCAUUCAGAAAUUACUGAAAAAGGUUAGGCCAAAAAGCAAACUAGCCAGACAGCUGAAGACAAAUGGAAUCAGGAAGAAAAGGGCAGAUUCUUUUGCAAGACAGAACACAACAUUAUCAGUACAUGACAGUAUAUGAAAGACAGUCAAGGGAUUGCAAUAUUGUAUUAGUGAUCUAUGCAGUGCAAUUGCAGAUAUGCUACUAGAAUUUCUAUUUUGAUUUAGAAGGCUAACAUUCAAUAAAGCUAGGAGCUAUCUUAUUCAAUAUUUUUCUGUUUUAACAAACUGCGUGGCCAACCUGCUGAAAAUAUCUUAAAAAAUAUUGUUAUUGUAGUGUGAAUAUGACAUUUACGUACUAAAUUGCUCCUAACAGAAAGCUUAUAGACCAGUAAAAACUAGUUACAAAGCACAUAUUUUAAACUACCGAGAAAAAGCUAAGACAUUUUAGAGCAGUGCAUCUGAUUUUAAAAAAAAGGGGUUAUAGACAUUUCUUAGAACUGUGCUUUAUCAUAAAGUUUAUGGAAAAGCAUUAUUUUAUUCAGUUUCUUAGCUGACUGAUUUUACUGCACAGUGAUCAUCAUGCCGCAUUGUAUAUUUUUCACCAAUUGUGUAAGGCAUUCCCUUAUGGCAUGUCCAGUGUGAUGCAUCAAUUGAAAGCACUGUGAUACACAAGAUAUAUGCAGGGGGGAUGCUUGUGCUACUGUUUGCUAGACGUUUUCCAUGGUUUGUAUUACGUUAAGUAACAUUUAACAGAAAUCAUUAAUUUAUUAUUUUAGCAUACAAAAAAAAAAGCUCAGUAAUUUCAGGAAACCUUACAAACAGGUAUGUGUAUGUACACACACACACAAAGGGACUGGUGGAACUACUCCUGGACAGUAAAAACAAGAAGCAGGAUAAAGGUUUCAUAUUCUCUUAGCAAACAGGAGUGCUUACGUCACUGCUAUUGGCAGAGACCUAUAAAGAAGCAGAGAGGUAGCAAGACAGACAAACAUAAAUGGAGCCUCUGAUGACCGGAACUCUGAGUGUACUACUAGAGCAGGCACCCACAUUCUUUAAUGAAGAGGAAUAAAGUUGGGAAAUUGAAUCCCUCAGAAAGAGAAAGAAACCAGAGUAGCACUAGGUUCCCCAGGACUAAUAUACAUAUAGAGGAAUGGGAAGGAGUGGUAAUAUACCUCAGAGAGACACUCUGAACUAUUAGCAUGAUGAGAUGUUCUGCCCCAAGAGUAUCACACAAAUUAGGGCAGCUAAGCCCCCCAACAAUACAUAGACUAUUUGUUGUUUUUUAAGUUUUUCCUGUUACAGACUGUCUGGGCUAUUCCUUUGAAAUUUAUCUGCCCGAUGUCCUCUUCCCCCUCCCUCCCCUCCAUUAUUUAUUCUUGGUUCUGGACGUUCAACACUCCGGUCAUUUGAAGAAGUAGGCUGUGUCCACAAAAGCUCGUGACACCAUCUACAUGUUUUGAGUCUUUUAAGUGCUACCAGACUAUUAGUCUGUAACAGGAAAACCUUAAAAAACAACAAACUCGGCUACCGCUGUGAAACUUUUAAUACAUAUAGGCUGCGUCUAGACUGGCAUAAUUUUGUGGAAAUACUUUUAACGGAAAAGUUUUUCUGUUAAAAGUAUUUCCGCAAAAGAGCGUCUA